GGUUUGGAAUGUUCCGAUGAAAUGCCACUAGGCGCCAAAGAGUAUACUCUUUGCUUGGCGCAAUGCAAAUGUCGGGAGCCUUUCGUGCACCUUAGAUGGGUAGGUCUCUACAUAAGUAGUUUAAUGGGUCUAUUGUGACAUAAACCAAAUAAAAAAACCUGUACAGUUUCAAUAGGCUUGUUACAUGUGCCAUAUAGGUCAACUGUGCACAGUUUGAACUGAAUCAGUCCAAGUGUUUGCCAGAUAUCGCGUUCACAAACAGAAAAACAGACAGACAUGAUCGGCUUGUUAUAUGUGGCUAGCAUCGCUUUGCUCUGGCGCUUAGAUAUUAUAAUACUCCAAGUGGCCGAUAAGAAAAUUGUAAAAUAAGUUGCUUAUGUGGGUCUUGUCUAUAAGUGACGUGUAAAAAAGUAAAAACAGAAUUAUGAACAUAAAUUUACUAUUCUUAUUAACUUUCUCUGUAUUCCAUAAUGCAUUUGGUUUGUAUUUUUACAUGGGAGAAACUCAACGAAAAUGCUUUAUCGAGGAAAUUCCGGACGAAACAAAUGUUAUAAUGGCCUAUAGCGUUGAAUUGCACGGUCUUGAUCCUGGUGGUGGUGGUACAAUGCUUUCAUCCGAUAUUGCGCUGCACGUUGAAAUCACUGACCCAGAGAACAAAAUACAGUUGUCUCGCACAUAUAGUUUGAAAGGUCGUAUAUCGUUUACGUCUCACAAAUCUGGCGAGCAUAGAAUUUGUAUGAACUCUAACAGUACUGCUUGGUUUAGCGGUACUCAGUUGAAAGUACAGCUCGAAAUUCAAGUUGGUGUAGGGGCAGUUAACUAUGAAGAGAUAGUGAAGAGAGAAAAAUUAUCUGACGUUCAGUUACGAAUUCGACAACUGUUAGAUCAAGUGGAACAAAUUACGAAAGAACAAAAUUAUCAACGGUACCGCGAAGAAAUUUUCAGAUAUGUGAGCGAUGACACAAAUCACAUGGUUUUAUGGUUUGCAGUAAUACAAGCAGUAAUUGUAUUAAUGAUGGGUGCUUGGCAAAUAAGGCAUCUCAAAUCAUUUUUUGAAGCAAAAAAGAUAGUGUAAAACUUUAGUUAUCUAAAUAAUAAUUUAGGGUUUUCAAUGGACAUUUAAGUGUACCUACCUCUACCUACAGUUUUACAUUAAUAAAUUUGUAAUUUAAGUAUUACCUAUGUCACAGAUUAACUGAGUCUGUGCUUAUGUGCAUGAACUUAUUACACUCAUCCUUUGAAAUAUUCAAAGACUCAUCUAUCUGCUUUAUUUAAAACAUCGUGUCAAUAAAACUAAGUUUACUUUUUUUAAUUGCUGUGUGAAUUGUGAUAUACCUGGACAUCAACUGUCGAUGUUUUUAGCGCAUUUUUUAAGAAUUAAAAAAUAUGUGCUAG